AAUCAAUUAUAUGCAUAACUACCUUGCUUCUCUUAUGAUAGCUUGAUAAAUCAAUUACCACUGCUGUUAAUUGGCUAACAUGUCCAAAUGGUUCAAAGUUACCUAUAGAGUUGUAAAUGGUGGUUGCCAGUUGCCACCUGAUCCUGUUAGUCCCAGUUUAGUCCAGAGAGUCUCACAUCCUCAGCUGUGGCCCGCGAUCACGUUACAGCUCAAAUAUUUCUGUCCAUCCAAGUCCACCUUCUCACUGAGGAACAUGUUGAUCUCAGAGAACUUCUUCACGAAGGUCAAAAUCACUCAAAUACUGUGUGUCUCUGUGCAGGUCGUGAGCCUCAAAAAACGCCAAGAUGUCUGAGAAAAAGAUGACAUCCAGCCGCAGGCAUCACUUGAAGAGUGUGAUCCUGCAGAUUGCCCUGAACUGGCUGGAGCAGGAGAAGAAGGAUAUUGAGGAGGCCAAACAGGCUUACAUGAAUGAGCACUGUCCCGACCCCGAUAUGGCAGGGGACCAGGCUGCUCUCAUGGAGCUGGCUAAGAAAAUUUACGCUCAAAUCGACAAGAUUGAUGACGAGAGGUACGACGUCGAGGCCAAAGUGCAGAAGGCCGACAAAGAGAUUGAAGACUUGAAGAUCAAAGUGGUGGACCUGGUAGGAGUGAAGAAGCCCGCUCUGAAGAAAGUGCGUAUGUCCGCUGAUACCAUGCUCCAGGCUCUGCUGGGCUCCAAACACAAGGUCACCAUGGAUCUGAGGUCCAAUCUGAAGCAGGUCAAGAAGGAGGUCAAAGAGGAGUCGUCAGAAGCUGUGGGCGACUGGCGUAAGAACAUUGAGGACAAGGCUGACAGGAAGAAGAUGUUCGAGACCUCCUAAGUCUGCGUCUGAGCGUGUGUGAACCCCAUAGCUCGCACCAGCCCUGAGCGCCCAGAGGAAGUGGACAGUGAUCACAUGUUUUUUAAAAGGUUGUUUUUGCACUUUGCCUGAAAGAAAGAGAGACAAAGAGAGGGGGGAGAGAGGGAGAGAGGGAGAGGGGGAGGGAGGAAUGGAGAGAAGCACCAAGAGUUUCUGAAGGUUCACAAUCAUCCCUCCAUCAAGCAUCAAGUCUUAACCCCGCACACAGGAAAUCAAGCUGUACCCAACAAUAAAGUCUUAUGUGGAUGAACAA